AUGAUAGUCGCAAGCAUUACUCAUCGAAAAAACGAAUGGAGGUCUGGGUGGAAGUCCCAGACCAGUCACAACAAAUAUCAGAACAACCAGAAGCAGAUGUACACCUAUCCCCUCAAGGAAGGAGGAGGAGGAGAAAGUACAGAAGUAAUUAACCAGGUUAGUGUGACUGAGGUUAACCAGGAAGCACAGGCAAUAUCAUUCAAAACUGGUAGAAUUCACAGCUAUAUAAAUGAAUGGGUAACUUUAACUAGUGAUUCUAGUAUACUUGAUAUUGUCAAGGGCUGCAAAAUUGAAUUUAAUAGAGGCCCCCCUUACCAAUUAAGAAUACCUAAGCCUAUAAGAGUCACCUGUAAGGAGGCUGAAUUCAUCGAAAUUGAAAUUAGUAGACUCCUUGAGAAAGGAGUUAUUGUUCUCUGUCAAUAUGAAGGGGAAUUUUUGUCAAACUUCUUCGUUACACCCAAAAAAGAUGGCUCAUACAGGCUUAUUUUGAAUUUGAAAAAUUUCAAUAAGAAUGUUGCUUACCACCCUUUUAAAAUGGUUUCUUUGCAGUCUGUUAUUCAGAUGAUGAAAAGGGACUGUUUUAUGGCUUCUAUUGAUUUACGAGAGGCUUAUUACUUGGUCAAAAUUGAUGCAAACUAUCAGAAGUUUCUAAAGUUCUCAUGGAACAAUCAAUUGUAUAAAUUUACUUGCUUGCCAAAUGGUCUUGCUUGUGCUCCCAGGUUAUUUACUAAAUUGUUAAAACCAGUCUAUAGCACUCUAAGGUCAAGAGGUUUCUUGUCAGUGGCAUAUAUUGAUGAUUCUUACCUUCAGGGUAAUGAUUUUGGUGACUGUCUCUCUAAUGUUAAUGAGAAUGUUGAAUUGUUUAUUAAAUUGGAAUUUGUGAUUCAUCCUGUUAAAUCUGUUGAGCUGCCUACUCAGGAGCUGUUUUCUAGGUUUCACCCUAAAUUCCAAACAAAUGUCUGUUUCUUUGACAAAAGAAAGUCUUCUCUAAAAGAUAUAAUAAAGAAAACUUUAGAAUUGAAUAGUGCAUCUAUUCGUGACUUAGCAAAGGUCGUUGGAAAAUUAGUUGCAGCCUUCCCAGGUUGUUUAUAUGGGUCUCUCCACUAUCGUUGCCUUGAGUCAGACAAGACUGCUGCACUCAAGGAAGCAAAAGGAGAUUUUGAUGCUCCUAUCAUUGUCUGA